AACCAAUAUAGUAGUCAGAGGAAAACUUGUUGCAUUGGUAUUAACGUGUCAUUUAUUAUCUGGUGGAUACAAUGUCAUGACAAUCAAAUGGUGUAUGUAGUGUUCGAUUUCCCUGAGAAAUAGCUGGAAACUAUGAACUUACAGGUGUGUGUUUGAACUAUGAGGUACGGUCAUGUUCUACAGAUAGCAUGCAUUCUUUUUGAAGUCCGCCAGGCGGCGUCUUUCGAGGAGGGGGAAUGGACGGAGUGGUCCCAUUGGUCGGAGUGUUCAGUCACGUGCGGAUAUGGCCUUUACAAGCGCCAGAAGACAUGGCAGCCAAGUGUACCUGACACCCGCGGUGGAGGCGACAAUGAUCCGUACACGUUCGAGGACAUCCUGGAGUGUAUAACUAGAGUAUCAUGUCCACGUGACGGAGCGUGGGGUUACUGGGGCGCCUGGAGCGAGUGUUCCCGUAUGUGUGAUGGCGGCACUACGACUAGGAAACGCGAGUGUGUCGCACCUACACCGGGAAAUGGCGGAAAACCAUGUGAGGGCAAGGACCACGCUAAAACAACUUGUAACGAUUGGAAGUGCCCGACGUUGUCCGACAACUUUGAUGUCCACUUAUGCAACGAGACGACGUACAUGUGCCUGAGCCAGAAGCAGUGUAUCCCCGCGGCCAAACGCUGUGACAACGUGCUGCAGUGCCACGAUGGCUCUGAUGAGCACAAGUGUGAAUAUUUUUACUUUUCCAGUGCAAAUUUUGUGAGCAUAUCAGCCUUGAUUUGGACCUGCCUGGCGAUUGUGGUAUUCUUAACAAAUAGGAUCCUGAUAGAAAUUCAAACGGAUGAAGUGUGGUAUUGAGUGUUACAUUGUGAUACUGUGUACCUUAAUAUCACAUGGAAACAAAAGGUAUUAAAUCUCAGAGUCAUUUUACCUUCAAUUGAAUUGUGGGCGUGGCUGUUAUUACACAUGUAAACACAAGAAAGAUGUGUGCACUGAAUGAAUUAUAACAUUAUACAAAAAUAUGAAUCAAGGAGAAGAUGCGUACGAGUUUGCAUAUAAACAAGAAACCUAUAUAAAAACCCUUGCUAUACAAUGAUGGUAUGCAAUGGUGUUUGAUCAUGAUCGGCAAACGAGAUUCAGGUAGAAAUGUUGAACCGUCUUUUGUGUUGGGCAUUUCGACUUGCAUAAAUGCACUGAAUGAAAUAAUUACACUAUGUUUGUUUCCUCUAUAUGUAUGCGUUUGCUAGAUAUACAUGCAUGUAAAUAUACCCUCGGACCUAUAUAUUGACUGUGAUAUUACGACAAGGAAGCAAGUGAUAUCUACACAUCAGUGACCAAGACACUGCCAGUGAUAUACUGUGACAUCGCUUUGGUGUUUCGAUAAGGGAUGCGUGAUAUUGCUAUAAAGGGAUGGUUAAAUGAUAGUUUCAAAGAUAUGAGUGUACAAUUGAUAUUAUAAUACAAUUGAAUGUGAUAAGGUUUUAAUUAUUUAAGAUUAUGACAAUCCCGAUUUUUUGUGUUCUGUGUUAUAUGAACAUGUACAUAGAAAUACGUGUUACCAAGAAAGGUGAGAUAGAUUUUAUGUAUUGUGUAUUUGUGUAAGAGAUCGGUAAACACCAUUAAAAUAUUUUCUAGCUGUGAGAAACACAAUUAAGUGGGUUGCUUGUAUUGUGCUUUUUAUGUAAAUUAGGAUAUUCAUCAUCACAGUAUCAGUAAUUUGGUAAAAACACAUUAUUGCGAAUUUCAAAAAUAAACACGGAAAGGUUUAUAUAUAUUCAGCACAUUUUAUACACUUCUAUAAAUGUGAUGUUUUGGGACCAUUUUACAUUAAUAUGCAUUACAUUGACACCGUGAAUUUGUUAUACAACCCUAUUUUCCGGUUAUUAUAGAUAUAUGUUUUAUGUACUUAUCGAUGUGAAUGUUUGCAUUAUCAAUGGGACACGGGCAGAAAAACAGUAAAUGAAUCCUUUCACUCGUGAUGAUGACAGACACACUUAGAGCUAUAUUAAUUCCUCCAUGUGCGCCGUGUCUCAAGUUAGGCAAUGUAUGGAUAGCUGCAGUGCUAUCAUAAAUGUUUCGUGAUAAGAAAUCUACAUAAGUCUUAUAUAAUAAUUUAUUAAUCAACUAUUAGGUAUUUGACGAGAUACAGAGACAAUUGCGGUAUCAAUACCAGACAAUUGAAGACAAUAUAUGCCAGAACUCGCUCAAUAUCGACCAAACUCGGCCAAUAUCAACAAAACUCGCCUAAUAUGAGUUUCCUCCGUUUUCAUUGGCUUCAAAACUCGCCUAAUAUAGGAUUUUAGAAAUGAGCCAUUUUCAUUGGCUGUCGAAACUCGCCUAAUAUGAGAAAUACGCUGGAAAUUAAUUUUAAAGGUAGCCAUUUUGUUUUCCGUUUCCGACUGUAUCGAAAAGUUCGUGCUUUGUAUAAACCUAUUUGGAAUACUUUAACCUAUUGAAUGAUUGAACAAUUUGUACGGUUUGAUAUAACAGUUGCAUUUAACCCGUUGGUGGAUUUUACGACUAUUAUGAUUUUGUACGCCGACAAAAUGGACGACGAAGGUGAAACAUUUGACGUGUUGACAAACGAUUUACGAAAUUAAGACAAUAAGACAUGCUUCCUUACAAUGUACAGUGCUUUAUUCAUAAGUAUGUGCAAUGUCACUAUAAGGAUGCAUGUCAAAAUCAGUCUAGAAAAACAGACACCAUGAAUGAAUAAUGGAUAAAUACGGCUUCGAUGUGAACUAAAGGUAAGUUAUAAGAAUGUUUUUAACCAAAUUGGUAAUAGUUAAUUAAUAAAAUACUUAUUAAUUAGGUGAAUUCAUAUUGGCCCAGUUAUUUGUCCUCGGUCAGCCCUUUCGGGCUUAGGCAAAUACAGCUAACCUCGGACAAAUAACUAGGCCAAUAUGGAAUUACCUAAUUAAUAACAUUAUAAUACGAAUGUC